AAAUCGCAUGAAUGUAUAUCAAUAGGUGGUUUCGGUCAGCACUGGUGGCACAAUUCAAAUUCACAUGUAUUGGCGUGUGUGUUGCGGUUGUGUGGCCUGGCUCACCUGUUUAGGCCUUCAGGAGCAAACUCACAUGCUCUGGAGCUGCGGUGGAAAGAGUUUCUGGUGACUGCUCUCUUCGACUUCAUUACUCCAUCGGUUGUUCUUUGUGGCGGCGUGCCGUAGCGGGAAUCGGCGUCGGGUGGUUGUCAUUUGGCUUCUUUGCUGGCAGAAGCAGCAGUCGCAGAGCACAAGCUCCACGGGAACCACGCGCGACGGCAUUGGAUUCGGACCAACUUGGGCCGACACGAACGCAACCAAAACAAAAGACAUCCGAACCGGUGGAAGUGCGAGUUCGACUGUUGCCCUGUGUUCGCUCUUAUCAGCUGGAGUAGCAAUAUCGGAACCACCGUUCCCAAAAAAAGAAAAAAGAACGAAUCCGAACUAAUUCGAUUUGCAGUUGGUCCUCUUCCGGACACCAUGAGCAAAGCCAAGUCAACACCCCACGAGCCGACGAUCCACUACUUGGACAGCGUGCUGAGCGAUGAGGAGAAGCGGUGCGCCUAUGGCCACCAGUGGCGCAACUUCUCCAUCUCCCGAUCCGGACGCUUUCGUUCGAAGAACAAGAAGCGGGAUGCGGUCGACGGAAAGUUCUUUGACGGAGGAUCAGGAUCUCUGCAGGACAUCGAGAAGGUCUCAAAUUGCACUUCGAAAAGCACAUCCAAGUGCGUCGCCCCUGCGACAGGACCGAUGACGCCUUCAGCUAAUCAGGCAAGAAGCCAACGUGACCAGGUUGAGAGCUAUAAAAGUGUUUACGAAACGAAUUUAUAGAUCUUUAAUAUGUAUUUCCAUUACUUAUCAUGCACAUGUAUAUAAAUUAGCAUGACGCCUUUUUUAUCAGAUUGAGAGCACAAAGAGAAUAAGACGCAGUAAGAUAGUGGACUUAUUGCACUACAGGUUUCCUAUGCAGAGCAUAUUAAGGCAUAUUUCUCAUAUUAGCACUCUCUGUUUAUGCUUAGAUCAAUUGUACUUAAGUAAAAUGAAAAUAUUUGACAUUCUAGCUUGCUUAGAUUGUUAAAGUAUUAAAAAGUGAUAAUUG